GAUAGGGUAUUGAAUCUUUCGUCCGUGUCAGCUGAUUUGUUUCUCGCGUAUAAACUGAGAAACAUGAACAAUUCAAGGGCUCAAGAUAGUGAAGAAAAGGAUGUACAACAAGGAGAAGCCUGUCUCUGGAAAGGUUUCCUUAGCAACACUUCACCUUUAACUUUUAACAUCUUUGCUAAGAAGAACGUCACUAAGGUCUCUCUUGGGAGUAAACAUUGUGCUUUUCUUGUGGACAGAAAUGAAAUUUACUGCCAUGGAUCUGGUGAAUUCGGACAGUUGGGAACUGGAAAGUUAGAUGAUGUGACAGAAAAACCGAUCUUGGUUCGUGAUUUAGCAAGUGAGAACGUUAUCGAUGUAGCAUGUGGGAGUAAUCACACUGGUGUGGUGUGCUCGGAUGGAGGUGUGUUCUGUUGGGGGGAUAACUCGGCUGCUCAAUGUGCGAGUGACAAAGGGGAUAAGAUUACACGGCCGCAACAAGUUCAUAUUACAAAUCCUGAUGGCGAUGAUCCGCUUAUUAUGCAAAUCACGUGUGGUGACCGACAUGUGAAUGUUUUGAGUAAUACCGGAGAAAUAUGGUCUUGGGGAACUGGACAUCAACUUGGAUUAGGAACUGGAAAUAAUCCUGUUAUUGUUCCACAGCGUGUGGAAGCACUGAAGGGACGGAAAGUACUAAGCAUCAGCAGCGGGAAUGUCCACAGUCUAGCUAUUGUACAGAAAAAUAGAGCUGGAAGGUCACCAACAAGACCCGAUGAUGUCUCCUACUGCUCCAAAUGCAACCAGGAACUUUUUAGCGUAUCCGAUCAGAGCGAUACUGUCAUAAUAUGUGACCACAACUGCCCUGAUGAAGUGAAUUUACGAUCAACGCCAGCGUAUUCAAUUGACAGUCUUGAUGUGUCGUCAGUUGCAACAUCAGCGUGCUCGUUGCCAACAGUCAAAGUUUCGCCAUAUAUCAAAAAUGAUUCCACAAAGAAAGUUCUUUUUGAAGCUGAUGAGGAUGCGAAAUCUGAUGAUAGCGAGGGAACCUACACACUUGAAGACACUGCCAAGCAGGCUAAGAGUCUUGAAGAAGGUGAUGAUGCAACAGAUAGUGGGAUGGUAGAUGACACGGAUCAAUCACAAUCACUCUCAGAUGAUUACGAUGAAAAAGCGACAACAAGUUUCCCAAAAGGCAAAGCUGCUAAGGAGUUCCUCAAAAAACAGCUAGCAGUUGGUAAAAAGAAGACCUUGCAGAGGUCCACGGGUUCUGCAAAAAAGGUUCAAUAA